GGGCCGGAGGAAGCUGCUGGUGGUUGGGAUUUGAUGCUGAGAGGCGAGGAGGGGGAGGCAGGAAGGCGGGGAGGAGGUCUGGGGGGCGGAGGAUCAUAAAGAAUAGAGAGCGAAGAGAUCAGAAACCGUGGUGGUGGGAAGGGGGUGUCUCCCUGCCUUUCAACGGCGAAGAGACUCAAGCUGCCUCCAUUGCGGAUUGCAACUGGGGGAGUCCCCCUCCCGGCGACAGAAGACUGGAGGGAUCCUAUGCAAAGGGGCAGACGGCCUUUCAGAAAGACCUCGAGCCGGGCAAGGACUUUCUCAUUGUUUGGAUAGGAGCAGCUUCCCCCCAGAGCCCCCGGCAAUCCGCAGAUCUGGUUGCUCCUGAGCCGAAGAAACCAGGACCUGUCCUCGGCAAGGAACUGGGUUGGUGUCAGAUCAUGGAGGAUGAGUGGCUAGUUGUUGAUCCUAACCAGAAGCCUAUCUACAGGGAAACUCACCAAGAGCCUUGUGAAAGUCUGGUGGCACUCAGAUCUUCAAGUUCUGAAUCCAAUGAGAUUUUCCUUGUGGAAGAUGAUGAAGAACCUUGCAUCCCAGAGCCCGGAAGAAGGGAGAACCCAAGAAGAGCCAAUAUGGGUGAAGGACUGGGUAGCGAGGAGGAGGAGGAGAGCGAGGAGGAAGAUGUUCAACAGCGGGACGGUCCUAAGGUGGUACAGCUGGAUGCCAGCAUGGUUUCUGGGGAAUGUAAGAGCCUUCGCUGGAGGGUGGUGCAGCAGGUUGGCAGCGGUGGCAAGGUACUGGCAGGAGAGGGGCCGCCCAUCAUGGUUCUGCAGAAAGGAUACGAGUGCGAGGACUGCGGGAAGGUGUUCAGUUGCAGCUCGCACUACAGCAAGCACCGGCGCACACACACGGGGGAGCGCCCCUUCCGUUGCGGAGAGUGCGGCAAGAGCUUCAAUGUCAGCUCCAACCUGUACAGGCACCAGAGGGCCCACGCCAAUGCUAACGCUGCCCCAGUCACUCCCACAGCCUCCCUGAUGCCCUCCCGUGGCCUGCCUUACCAGUGUGCUGACUGUGGCCAGUGCUUCCGCCGCAACACAGAGCUGGUAACGCACCAGCGGCUUCACACCGGUCGCCUGCCUUUCCAAUGCAGCGACUGUGGCAAGAGCUUUUCGUGGAGUUCACACUUUGCCCGGCAUCUGCGGAUCCACACUGGGGAGAAGCCCUACCCGUGCAACGAGUGCGGCAAGCGCUUCAGCCGCAGCUCCCAUCUCUACCGGCACCAGCGCACCCAUGGCACCAAUGCUGCUGCUAACGUCACCCGUGCCUACAUCUGCACUUACUGCGGGCGCAGUUUCAGCACCACACUGCACUUCGACCAGCACCAGCGGACCCACCGUGGCCGCAAACCCUACAAGUGCACCCUCUGUGGCAAGGCUUUUGCUGAUGGUUUAGCCUUGGUGAAACACCAACGUUUGCACUUAAUGGGUGGAGAUCAACACCACCAGUGUUCAGAGUGUGGGCAAAGCUUUGGAGGGCGGUCGCAGCUGGCUCGCCACCGUCGGCUCCAUGGCACUGCUGACAAGCCCUACGGGUGUGGCGAGUGCGGGCAAAGCUUUGGUGCUCGAACCCAGUUGGCCCAGCACCGACGCCUGCACAUUUCUGCUGACAAGCCAUAUCACUGUGGAGAGUGUGGGCUGAGCUUCACAUGGAGCUCACAUUGGGAACGGCAUCGGCGCAUUCAUACUGGGGAAAGACCGUAUUCUUGUGGGGACUGUGGAAAGCGCUUUGGGCGCACCUCUCACCUCUACAGGCACCAGCGCACCCAUGCUGGCGGCCAGCCUCAUGUCUGUCCGGACUGCGGUAAGAGCUUCAACAGCACCUUGCACUUCCAGCGUCACCAGCACGCCCACCACCUCGACUCAGAUGGUGCUCAACUCUCUGCCCACACUUGCAGGGACUGUGGCAAGCCCUGCACUGAUGCAUCAGCCCUGCUUAAGCACCAGUGCAUGCAUACAGAUGACAGGCCAUAUCCUUGCCCCCAAUGUGGGCGCCGCUUUCGUGGCACUGCGUAUCUCUACAGGCACUUACGCAGCCAUGCUCACCAGGUGGAAGAGACUAUGCUCAUACCAACGUCUAGAAAGUGUGAGGAUAUUGUACCAUGCUAAGGAGCCAGAAAGGCCCUACCUAAUCCUAAAGAGCAUUAGGCCCCAUGUGGGGAACCCCAUCCCUAGCUGGCAGACAUUCAGAGCUCCUGUCAAGAAGAGUUCCCUGGGGAUAUGAGCCCAGUCCAAAGCCCAUCAGGGGCUGCUCCUGUCCAAAUAUGUUCUCUGGCCCAAUGUUUCUUUUAAAUUUUGGAGCUAUAAAGGAGGUAAAAUGACAUCUUUUAGGAACAAUUUAGGUUGGCAAGGCUUCAGGUGAACUUUUUAGUAGGUCCAUUUUUCCUUAUGUCAGGUCCCAUGAAAGACAAAAACUUUCUCAUUC